AUGUCGAGGCUUAUGGAACCACUUUCGGUAGGCAGAGUUAUAGGAGAAGUUGUUGACAAUUUCAUUCCAAGUGUGAAGUUGAAUGUUACUUACAAUUCCAAUAAACAAGUCUCUAAUGGCCAUGAGCUCAUGCCUGCUGUCAUUACUGCUAAACCUCGCGUCGAGAUUGGCGGAGAAGACAUGAGGGCUGCUUAUACACUUGUCAUGACUGAUCCUGAUGCUCCAAGCCCAAGUGAUGCAUACUUGAGGGAACAUCUUCACUGGAUAGUUACAGAUAUCCCGGGUACCACUGAUGCUUCUUUUGGAAGAGAAAUCGUGAGCUACGAGACUCCAAAGCCUGCCAUCGGGAUCCACCGAUACGUGUUCAUUCUGUUCAAGCAAAGAGCAAGACAUUCUGUGAGACCACCUGCUUCAAGGGACCACUUCAACACAAGAAGUUUUGCAGAAGAGAACGGCUUAGGUUUACCAGUGGCUGCAGUGUAUUUCAAUGCACAAAGGGAGACUGCUUGCAGGAAAAGAUGA